AUUUUCUCUCUCUCUCUCGUUACCAAAACACAAUAUACAUAAUGUCGUUCCAAGCAACGGCAUUUGCCUACUUGUUCCCAGGAACACCUAUGGUUAACUCCAUAUUGGCUACUGCUUACAUAUCAAUCUUUCCCAAUCUUCUUCUCUACUUUGUUCCUCCUCAAAUCAACACAUCCGCCCUUAAUAUCCUAGUCAGUUUUGCAGUUGGUGGUCUAUUGGGUGAUGUGUUUUUGCAUCUGUUGCCUCAUGCAUUUUCUGCUGGCCAUGGUGCAGACCUUGGUCAUCAGGCAGCCGAGCAAAAGAACGUCUUGCUUGGAUUGGGUCUGUUUGGUGGAUUCUUCUUCUUUUUUGCAAUGGACAAGUUGAUGCGUGUGUUUAACGGUGGUGGAGAUGGUCAUGGUCACUCCCAUGGUGGACAUUCCCACUCCCACUCUCACUCUGAUUCUCAUCAACACGACCACGAAGAAAAGAAGGAUUCGGCCCCUGCUGGACCGUCAGACAGUGAAUUACGCCAACGCGUCGUUUCCUCCAAAAAGGAAACCAAGGAAGGAGUCCAGGUGGAAAACAAGGAUGAAAAGAAUGCAAACAAAAAGGAUGUCAAGCUGAGUGCCUACCUCAACCUGUUUGCGGAUUUUACUCACAACAUGACCGAUGGUCUGGCCAUGGCUGCCUCAUUCUAUGCUUCUCCUGGCGUUGGCGCCACUACUGCCGUUGCUGUCUUUUUCCAUGAAAUUCCCCACGAGGUUGGAGAUUAUGCGAUCCUGAUCCAGUCCGGAUUCAGCAAAAAACGUGCCAUGAUGGCCCAAUUCACCACCGCAAUUGGAGCUUUCUUGGGUACAAUAAUUGGUAUCAUUAUCGAAGAGGCUUCGCUUGCCGGAGAGUCGGUUGUCAACCCUCACAUCCAUGACCCUGCUUUUAUUCACGCUCAUGCUAACGCUCACGGACAUGAUCAUGCCCACGCCCACGCCCACGCUCAUGCUCAUGCUCAUGCUCACGGACACGGACACGCUCAUGGACACUCUCAUGGUGGUCUUGGUUUGAUGGGAACUGGUCUCCGUUGGGGUGAUUUGGUUAUUCCUUUUACUGCCGGUGGAUUUAUUUACAUCGCUACUGUUGGUGUGAUCCCCGAUUUACUGCAGGUUUCAGGAAACAUGAGCAAGGAUAGACGCCAGGCAUUGACUGAAUUCGCUGCCAUGUUUGUUGGUUUGGGUUUGAUGGCUGUUAUUGCAUGGAAUGAGGCUUCUAUGUAAAGGCGAGAUAUCAAUAUACAUACAUUGCUCAUUGUAUUCAUAGACUAUUGUUUCUUUCUUUCAAUUACAUUUUCAAGCCUUUACACAGCAAUAAUAACAACCAAAAAAAAACUACAUUACAUUACAUUGCAUUAUACUACACUAUAUUGUUACAAUUGUACACACUUAUAAUCGCAUAUUCACUCGGGCAAAUUAAUAUAUAUGUCUAUGACGAUAUAUAUACAUGUAUCAAUAUACUUAUUUCCCAACUCUUGAUCUUAAACUUGAUAUAUAUAUUGUAUUAUAAUAUUUUAUAUAUUUAUAUUGAUUUAUC